GUGAGACGCGGUACCCCGCGAGGGCUUUCGUCGUUUGUUCGUUCGUCUAUACGUGUGUCUAUAUGUCCGUCAUCUCCCUUCCGCUUAAACCUAUCGUGGUCGUGCGUACGUUCAUUCGUUCGUCCGGUCCGUGUGUGGUGCGUCUCCCUUCGCUUGCUUUGAACGACACUUGCCACCGGUCGCGACUAUCGUCUCUGUGUCAAAGUACAUCUCUCUCUUACUCUACCUCUCUCUCCUCGUUUCUCUUGGCGUGCCCGACCGAAAAGACAAGAUGGCUGCCGACUCAGGAAUGGAGACGUGUCCCUCCCCGGAGAUUGCAGACUCCAGGAAGCGGCCGCUUGAUUGUGACGCGGAAAAUGGCGCGACGAAGAGGUCUCAUUACGGAUCAGGGGGAGAUGGAACAUAUCACCUCAAAGUAUUGGUCCCUGGCGUGGCUGCUGGAGCAAUCAUUGGAAAAGGAGGCGAUACAAUUGCCCAAUUACAAAAAGAUACAGGAGCCAGGGUCAAAAUGUCUAAAUCCCACGAUUUCUACCCAGGAACAACAGAAAGAGUAUGUUUAAUUACGGGUAGUUUAGAAGCUAUAAUGGCAGUUAUGGACUUUAUUAUGGAUAAAAUUCGUGAGAAACCAGAUCUCACAUUAAAGACAACCGUUGACUUUGAAUCAGGGAAGACUACUGCAGAGAGGGACAAACAGGUAAAAAUUUUGGUACCUAACAGCACUGCAGGCAUGAUAAUAGGUAAAGCUGGAAAUUACAUUAAACAAAUAAAAGAAGAAUGUGGCUCGUACGUUCAAAUAAGUCAGAAGGCAAAAGACGUGUCUUUGCAAGAAAGAUGUAUAACGGUAAUUGGAGAGAAAGAGAAUAACCGUAAUGCAUUAAUGAUGAUAUUAGCAAAAGUGGCAGAUGAUCCGCAUAGUGGAACAUGUCCAAAUGUUAGUUAUGCCGAUGUUAGUGGUCCUGUAGCUAAUUACAAUCCCACAGGCAGUCCUUAUGCUCAAGCACCUACAAGCACUCCCACGUAUACUUCUACGGCUGGCAUCAAUACAGUGAGUCUCUUGAAUGGUGCUGGAUUAAGCUUGAACUUGAAUUUAGGAGCUGCAAUUACAGCAGGUACAGCACCAGUGACAACGCAAUUGUUGGAACAUAUAAAAUUAAAUUUACGAACGGCAGGUUUUUCGGAACCUGCUGCUAGCGAAAUUUUGUCUGCUAUCGCUACACUUGCUAAAUAUAAUCUUCUCGGAAUGGGAAUCGGAAUGCCUUCUAGUAUGGGUUACCUUGGAAAUCCUAUGGAUAGCACUACAACAGCAAAUGGUUCGAAUAACAAUGGCGGCGUAUUUGGGCCAAUUGGAACAGUUCCUGCUCUUGGAUCUACGUCUCCCACACCACGUAAUACUCUUGACAGAUACGAGCCUUUUGAUCCAUUCAGACAAAACAACACAGCUGCCAGUGCUAUUCAUCUAAACAACAAUUCGUUUGGCCUUGGCACUAACCAGUUAUCACUUGUAAGUAAGAGUCCUACACAGGUAGACGCCAACAACAAGGAGACCAAGAAAGUAGACAUAGAAAUUGCAGAGGUUAUAGUGGGAGCUAUUCUGGGACCCGGUGGUCGUGCCCUCAUUGAGAUUCAGCACCUAAGUGGCGCCAACAUACAAAUCUCUAAGAAGGGCAUGUUCGCUCCUGGUACCAGGAACCGCAUAGUGACUAUCACGGGUUAUCCUAAUGCAAUCGGCACUGCUCAAUAUUUAAUUGAGCAGAGGAUCAGUGAAGAGGAAGCAAAACGAGCACGUCAGAAUGCCCUCGCCAAUAUGAUCCAUUGAUUUCAAGUACAGCACUUUUGUUCAUCCCCAUUAUUGAGCUCCGUUAUUCAUCUUUUCACAUCUUGAGGUGAUGCUGCGGUAGCUCUCUCUUCCCUUCUUGAAACACUCGUCCACUACCACCUACCACCCGUUGUCAUCUAUCGCUACAUCACUAUAGCGCUUGCAUUCUCACAUCACUGUUCAUGCAUCCAUCAUGAUUCGUCAACAUUUAUCUAUCUUUUAAGAUUAUUAUGAUAUAUAAAUAUUAUAUGUUAAAUGAUAACUACUACAAUUGUUCUGUGAUACACCACGUUACGGGACUUUAUCACAAAUAAUACACGUACCACAUCAGAGUUACAUAAUAUAUCUAGUUGUAUGGUAUAGGAUAUUGAAAGAAGACAUGAUGAAAUUACGAUUACAUUAGAAACGAAAUGGCACAAUUUGGCCAUAGUUGUUCUUGGAAGGUCAAGACAACAAUGUUACAUGGGUAAUUGUUUCGUUUCAUAAAAAUAAAUCUAUUUUUUUUUCUUUUUUUUUUAUAGGAGCAUAAUCUUAGUACUAAUAUGAAAGAUAUUUUUAGUUAGAAGGUCAUACAGAACUCACAAAUUGAAUGACUUCGAUCUGAGGAAUUAGUAUUUUAAUGUGUAUCGUGCAGAUCAAAUUAUAUUCAUUUCCAUAAAAUGAUGUUGCAAAUUAUUGUAUUGAACUGUUCCUUGAGCUAUGAAAUGAUUAGGCCGAUUGAACGAUUAACAUGCUAUAUGAGCAAGUUUUCUUGAGUACAGAGUAAUACCUUGGCAAAACCAAAGAUCUUACAUAUGUAAAGCAGAAAUAACUUGGCUGGAGGAUAAAUAUACAUACAAAGGGAAAGCUAUUCUAUGUAUAAACAUAUAUUUAUAUAUUUACAAUGCUGGCUGGUCCAGUUAAAUGAAUAACAUAAUACUUUAUUGCCAAGUUUUAUUCUGAAUCCCAAAGUCUUUAUUUCUCAAAAUCUUCAUCAAAUUAUAUCUUAUAGUAUUUAGAUUAAUGUACCCAGAAGUAUAUAAACAUCAAGUCUCAUUCUUCCUUACUCAUACCUUAGGAACAGAGGAUUCAUUAUACUAGGAUGCUAAGAUAAGAAUAACUCGAUUCAUCACUGAAUCAAAAAGAUCCUCUCAUGUAAUAUUUUGGUAUGAUUAACACGUGUUGUACAUUAAAACUUUUGUCUAAUUAUUUUUAGUUUCAAGGUAUAUCAGUUGAAUACAAUUUGAAUUAAUAAGAUAUAUUUCAUGACACCUUGCAAAGCAAAAGCUGUGACAUAGAAAUUUGUUUUUGUCAUUCCUUUAUAUUAUAGCAGCAUGAAUAUAAUUAUUUUCGUCAUGUAGAGAUAUUUAUAUUUAUAUACAUCUGUUUUCAAUAGUUUAAUCGUGAAAUAUUUUUUGAGCAAAAUAUUCCAUUCGCUAGUGCUUUCAAUUCUUUUCUAUGCAAUGAUUAAUGUAUUCUGAUGAAAACGCAGCAAAUUAAGAUUUCUACAUACAUACAUACAUAAAUACAUACAUACGUUCAGUUUUACGUAAGAAGUGUCUGUCAUGGUCAGCAGUCAUGUCAUACAUCCUUGGGUUCUGUAUGAUACUGCUUUAUGAGGAAUUCUAUUUAAGACAACCAAAUCUUUGACAGAUUUUUAACAACUGCACUUUGACACUGAAUCAAAUCUUUAGAUAGGGAAUGGAUUUUAGCUAGAAACUUCGUUUAUGUUGAUAAUAAUUAUCAAUAUUAUAAACAAAAGAGCAAACAGCUUAUAUUUCAUUGCUAGAUAAGAAAGAGGAUACAGCAUCUACUAAUAACAGACGUUUCAAAUCAUUGUUUUUUGGGGGGGGGUAGGUAUUAGGAAAGGGUGAUAUAAGGGAUAGGCAGUAAUCAAUAAUGGGUUUAGUUAAAGUAUCUGAAAACGUUAGCUGUAGCGUCAAAUGAAAUAUAUAAGUGUACAUGAGUACAAUUCAUAGCUGGAGACGCUGGCUCACCGCUCUUUAAAAAUAACUUGUAUAUUCAUAAAUAUCGCAUAACAUGAGUAAUAAUAUAUUACACACAGAGAGAAAAAGAGUAAAUAUAUAUAUUAUAUAUUAUAUUAUAUAUAUAAUAUAUAUAUGUAUAUAACAGAUGCAUCUAUAUAUACUUGAAAAGUUCGAAUUAGAUUAUUAAAUAAAAGAGAAUUCAUAUUAUCUAAAAUAUAAAUGACAUAUAUGUGUAUAUUUAUAUAUAUAUAUGUAUACACAUAUAUAUUCUAUAUAUAUAUACAUAUAUAAAUAUAAUAUAUAAAAGAUAUAAUAUAAGUAAUGAAAUGAUAUUAUAAACAUUGUUGACAAAAUAUUUGCGUCCGCGUACGUAAAACAUAAUUUUAUGUUUAUUCAUAAAUUGUAUGUGAACUAUUGAUUAAACUUCACUGUGUUGCCCAAAUACAUUGAGAAAGAAGUCACAGAUACGAUAAAGAUGCAAACUAUUGUUAGAUUGCUGUAGAUAGAUCUAUUUGAAAAAAAAAAAAACUUUAAUAGAACAUGUUACGAACGUCACGUGUACCAUUAACUUAAUUUAUAAAUCACUUUAUUUUAAUAUAGCCAUUGCGCUAUUAAUAUUAAUGGCAGCAUAAUAUUUCUCUAUUGCAUCCGUAUAUGCAGUACUUUUUCUUCGCUAAUUAUACGUAUCAUCACAUUAGAUCUAUCAUUGGCGGUUUCUUAAUUUUAUCCUAUCGUCACUUUCUCUCUAUCUCUAUUUUAUAAUUCACACUUUUUCUGACUGCCGGUAGGCAGGUGUGUUCCAAUUGAUUUGGACAGGCCAAGAUUUUCAAAGGAAAACAGAUUUUAUACCAUUUUCAUUUACACACAUCGAUUCGUACUUUUGUCAUUUCUGACUCUCAUAUGAUUAUUCGUACUAAUGUAUCUAAAUCUAGUAUUGCAGUCAACUUAUAUAAAUAGAUGAAGAAAACAAAUUUUUCAUUCGAUUUUCGUCACAAGAAUGUUGAUAUAUUUUGUGCUUGUUACAAGUAACAUCGAUAUUAUUACAGUGAAGUGAAAUAGACUUUUGUCACGUAGAAUAUUUCUUCUGUAACAUUUUUUUUUCCUUUUUUUUAUGUGUAGUAUAUAUAAGCAACAAAACACGAUGAAUGAUUGUUUUCUGGUCAUCACGUUUAAAAAAACGAAAACAUGCUUGAUCAUUUGAAUAUACCAUUACUAAAAUUACAAUGUUUCUAAUAUUAUCGGUUACAUCGGAGAAUAAUCCUUAUAAAGGUUCCUUAUGUCAUUUCCUGUAAUUGAAAUCAAACAGCAAUUAUCAUUUUUCUAUUCGAACAGAGUCUGUACGUAUGUCAAACUUGUAAUAUGCACAUUAACGAAAAGAAACGGAAGGAAAAAUAGGAAGAAUAAGAACGUGUAAGUAAAUCUCUUUCAAGUAAAUCUCUAUGACAAACAACUUGUAGGUAGCACGGGAUAACUAGAUUAGGUUACGGUUUUUCUCAGUAAACACAUUCCUUAGUAGAACAGAUUAUGUAUAAGGAUAGCUGUGAUGAGGUUGAAAUGAGUGAAAGAGAGAAAAGAAGGGAAAAUAAUUGGGUGAGAGGGAGAUAGGUGUUUAUCAGCUAUCAAGUACGUGAAAAUUGCCACGAUACGUUGCUGUAUGUAGUGUGUAAAAUCAUAGAAUUUAUUUGUGCAGGGAAAAAUAACUCGAUGGCGAAUAACGAUUCAUCAGCAAGGAGAAACGAGAAGACGGAUCAGUUUUAUUCUACAUAAUAAAAAGAUGAUGUCGAUGUUAAAUGUUCAAUUCUAUGAGGAUCGCAUGUCGCAAUAUCCAUUUUCCAAUGUUAUCGCUUGGAACGUUUGAUAAGAAAGAAAAAAAGAACUAACUCACUCUCCUUGCACCAUCGGUAAGAAACGAAGCGAUAAACAUAUUACAAGUUAUAGUGAUCAGCCAGUUUACUAUUAGUAUUUCCUUUAGCGGUUUAUAUACAUCUCUCUGUACAAUAUUAGUAUUUUAUAAAUAUCGUAAAUGUUACGGGGCUACGGUUCGCAUGUGUUCAUCGGUUUAGAGGACGUAUAACGUAAUAAGGAAAGAAAUUAAAAUCGUUCGAUACAUUGAAUCGUAACUAUUAACGGUCGAUGCAGAAAAUUCCAUAGAAAUAAACGUCCAACGGAGAAGAACGAUCGUUCGUAUACGUUUCUUCUGGAUUGUUUCACAUUUACAGAUAGGAUUCACCUUUAUACGGUUGCAUAUUAUUGUGUUAAAUUUUAUUGUUCGCGUGUUGGACGAUUGUUGCUUGAUAUAACGAUAUACGAAAAUACCUCCAUGCAAUGUGGCAAAAAAAAAAAAAAAAAAAGAACAGUAUUGGUUGGCCAGUCUAUGUUACCUACGAGUUGUUUAACGAGAGGACAUCGUUAGAGUAAUUAAGCCGGCAGUCGCCACACAUUUAGGAGAAUCUUAUUUCAUAUGACGCUUUGUUUUGUACAGUUUGAGAUAUAUUUCAUCCGAUCAUUCUUUAGGUAAUGGAAAAAAAAAAAUUAAUGAUAAUAAACAUGGUAAACCACGGCGCCAGAGAAUGGUUGUUGAGCGCCGUGGAUAGUUGUACACGAUUACUAAGUAUAGAUGUGUAGGUAGUGUCUUAAAUCUCUUGUAAAAGUCGUCAUUACAGGUUCAACGUUUUAAUCAAUAAUCGAUCGAUAAAAGGACAAAAAAAAAAAUAUUUACAGAAAUGGGUAAAAAAUGUAUAAUUAUACUCUCGCACGUGGAGACGUAGUGUAGUAAUCAGGGAAAUUGUAGGAAUUGCAUUGACUCGCCUCAAUUCUAAUAUGAACUAUUGUUACAGUAACUAUAAUUGAAUUUGACACACGUCGCCACGAUGGUGUGGCUUGCGUGUCACGUUACUUGGCUGUGUGUGCUAGGCUACAUCGUAAUUCAUGUUCCAUCAUCCAUCACUCCACUCGCACAGACUCCAUUUACCUGUAUAGAACGGAAAUAAAUAGCGGAGGGGGGGGGGGCAAAUUAAAAAAGGGGGGAUUAAAGGAAGAGAGUAACGUAAUGAUUUAUCAUUAACUACAUAUGUAAAUUAAUAUUCCGAUACGAAUGAAAGGGAAAGAAGUAAGGAACGAAAGAUCGAACGAAGGAUCGGUACAUAUUUGAUAGCAGAGAAAACAAAAAUGAAAAAAAUUCUUUCGCACGACAUUUACACACUCCACCCAAUCACUUUAGUGCCAUAUUGAUAUCCCAUCAGCCACACUUGUUGACGUUUUGACGGUAGAACGUGUUGUUAAAGAUGUGUAUAUUCUGCGAUUAUGCAGGCUGUUUUGAAUAAAGUCGGAAUACGUUUAUUUCUCAUUACGCAUAUAUUAAAUCGUUACAAAGUAUUAUGAAACACACCUGUAUAUGCUUAUUUAGUUUCUGCAGUGUACAAAGAAUCGUUUUACAGCUGUCGAGGGAUUUUAAUGUUGAUUAUCACGAUGACGAGAUAGAGCUUAUAUAUAUAUAUAUCUAUAUAUAUAUCUAUACAAUAUAUAUGCGUAUAUAUUGUGUCGAUCUAUACGUAUUGAUUGAAAACUCUAAGUUCGAACUUCUUAUUUUAUAAAAUAAUAUAUGCAUAUUCUACGAGGAAUUAGAAAUUUUGUAAAAAAUGCAACAGUUUCUUGAACAGGAGCAAUGCGUUUCGUUUGGAAAUUGUUCUUGUUGUCUGUCAAAUCAGAGAGAAAGCUGACUUUCUUUUCUCCUAUUGUCGGUCUGCACUUGAUGUUAGAUUCGAUACGUUCGAUACGCGUUGAAACGAGUAGAACAAAAGUGAAGAAUUAUCGGACGAAAAAAAUCCUUUGUACAAGAUAUUUUCGUAGCACAAAUCGCUUUUCUUUCCAGUCUUUCGAGCCAUUGUUUGUAAAGAAACGUUGCAUUUGCACUCUUUAAGAAUGUUAUAUUCUCGGAACGUUCUUUUACUGCCACUUUUCGCAAUCGUUCGCUAUAAUCAAAGGUUUAAACGAUAGAACAAAUUAACAAUAGUCAAGGGAAAUAUAAAGAAUUGAUGUAAAAUGUAACGUUACAUUAAGAAGUAUUAAUACAGUAAGAGAUACGAUAAUAGAUGUCGAAGAAAUGGUAAAAAAUGAAACGGUGAGGAUGAAGAAAUAAUAAUAAUAAUAAUAAUCGAUUGCAUUGCAUUGAUCGACAAUAUAGCAAAAUUAAUAAUUUAUAGGUAGAGAGAACAAAGAUUAACGAGCUUUAUCAACAAUUGAUGACAUAAACGAAUUGUCAUAACUUGUUCUUCGUCAGAUGUUUCCAUUUCAAACGCUGUUGUACGUGAAAUUUUUAACUGCUGUGUGUUGCACAACAUUUGAACAACAUUCGCAACAUCGAUUGUUCCACUGGAUAUUUUUGCUUUCUCUUCCUUUUUUCAUUUUCGUUGAAGCUUCGCUUUUUGUUUUUUCUUUCUCUUUCUUCUUUUUUUUUUUCUUUUUCUUGUUUCAAUUCGCCGAACUUAAAAUUUCACGAUACACCUGCAUUGCAAUGCCCUUAAACGAGCAGAAUAAGGAAAGAGUAUACAACACAAAAAAAGAAAACAAUACAAAGCGGAUAAAAAGAAAAUAACAAAGUGGCUGUAAAUAUUUUAUAUAAAAGAAAAAGAUAUAUAUAGAGAAAGAGAGAGAUCUAUAUAUUAUAGGGAUACGCGUGGAAUUAAACGAAAAGAGGCUUUUAUUUUUGUCUAAAAAAUAAAAGAUGGACGAUAAUCGAAUAUAGCGAGACGAGAAUUAUAAUUGGACAAGUUCAAAGAAAAGAUAAAAUAUCCUGACAUUAGUCGAUUCUAGUGCAUAGUAUUUACCGAUAAAGUAUUAAAUAUCGCGCCCAUCGACACGUAAUACAAAUUUCGAUCGUUCAGCCCGCACUGUGUCUUCUUCUGCGUAAAUCGAGCAGAUGCUAAAUUCGCAGAUCUCCGAUAUCGUCGUACAAUUGAAAAAUACGCCACUUACGAAGCGAAGCGAAAAAGGGAAAAAAAGAAAAAGAAAGGAACAAAAGAAAAGUGAAGCUUUCUCUCCGCGUACAUAGAAAAAGAAAAGAACAGAAUGAGACGAGCCUCGUUAGUGUAUUCAAAAUAGCAAUGCAUACCGAUAACUAAAUCUCUAAAAAAAAAUAAAAAAAAAAAUAAAAAAUAAAAAAAAGGAAGAAGAAGAAGAAUCUUCUCAUCGCGGAUGGCCGAAUGUCUGAAGAAAAAGAAAAAAAAAUAUGAUUCAGAAUAUCUAGACGCAGAGCGAAUAGAACCGAGGAAGAAUUUAUUCGAGAGAUAAACUAUUUAAAGAAAGAGUAGAGGAAAACAGAUAUAAAUAACUAAAUAAAGGACAAAGAGAAAAAGAGCGAACAGUGGGGAACUUAAUAAGAGAGCAUAUUUAAACGACUAGAAGAUUCGUUAACGCGUAAUUAAGAGGGUUGUACAAAAGUGUAUGUAAUGUUAUUUUAUUGGAGGUGAGACUUAGAGUUAGACUGUUAAUACACGGUAUAUUAUUUUCGGUAAGCAUAUGUAAAGAAAAAGAUUAAAAAAAAAAAAAAUAAUGAAGAAUAAUAACGAAGAACUUGGAUGAGAAUCGUUAUUGUUGAGGUAGAAGUAGCACAUAGCAGCUCGGGGAUUAUAAUGAUGAUGAGGAUGAAGAAAAAAAAACUAUUAAGUACCUUGUUGAAUAUAAGUAGAUUAAUAAUCGCUAAGUCGCGAAGAAAAAAAAAAAUAGUGCACCGCGAUGGUGCAUGUGUGCACAUUCAUGUUCAUUAACGACUUGUUGUCAUUAUACACACAUUUACAUACAUACAUACAUACACACAGAGAGACACACAUACCCAUAUACAUAUAUGCAUACACGUACAGAGGAACAUUGUACACUUGUAUAACGCGAAAUGUUGCAUGCCUAUACACGCAAAAGAAAGAUUUAAACAAAACGAAAAAAAAAAUAUGAAAAA